GCAAUAUUGACAUCCGAUUAUGUCUGUAACUUUGCAUACAACCCAUGGAGAUAUAAAGAUAGAGUUGUUCUGUGAUAUGUCUCCCAAGGCAACAGAAAACUUUCUCGCCUUAUGUGCCAGUGAUUACUAUACUGGAACUAAGUUCCAUCGGUUGAUAAGUGGUUUUAUUGUUCAAGGAGGUGACCCUACAGGAACAGGAAAAGGCGGAACUUCUAUUUGGGGAGAGCCUUUUGAUAACGAAAUUGUGGAAACCUUAAGGUUCAGCAGAAGUGGGAUGGUUGCCAUGGCGAAUAGAGGACCUUGUUCCAAUCAAAGUCAGUUUUUUAUCACUCUUGAUAAGGCACCCCAUUUGGAUAAAGCUUAUACCAUUUUUGGACAUGUUAUUUAUGGCUUCGAUACUUUAAAGAAAAUAGAAAAGAUACCAGUGGACGAGAAGUAUCGUCCUUUGGAAGACAUCAUAAUACGAGAUGUUACUAUUCAUGCUAAUCCUAUUGCAGACAUGGCUCUAUGACGAGAUAGAUUCGAUAUAUCAGAGAUUUGACAGCAGAGUCGUUGAAUCGUUUAUUACUGUAUGUUGUCUUCUCCAUACCAAUGCUCACUCGUAGAAUGACUUUCUUCAGAAUAUUUAUCUAACAACUCUUUCCACAUAGUUGUAGGAGAAUCCACUUGGAACAACUGCUCCUGUAUUUCGGCUUUUUCUUGACAGUUUCUCGGUGAAGUUUUUGUAUCCACUGUAUUUUGUGUUCGUUGAAACUCUUCUCUCAAAGUUUUGGUGCUGUUCUCCGCCAACGAUAACUGUUCAGUGGUAUGAGCCAAUAAAUUGGAAAUUUCCUAGUUAGUCACUUGAGAAAACACUUUCCGUUUUGUCCCAUUUUACCGUACUUGUAAAGUAUUUUGUUCUGCUUCACUCAAGGCGUUUUCGUUGUUGAAAGCUCCUUGAACGGUUGGAACCCUAGUUGUUUCCUUUGUUGAAACCAGUUCUCUCAAAUAGGCACACCAAGGGGACACAAUUUCGUGUAACUCCUUCAAAUGUGGAAGAGGCUUCUUUACACAAGUUUGCAGUUCUAUGGAUACUCGAUAUAUAUUUAUUAAAUUGACUUCUAUCUCUCUCAAUACUUUGGUUAUUUGCGUAUCCAAAUAUUCGACAUAUUCAUCGGAGUUCAUUUUGGCGCCCAAUGCAAAGAUAUUUAAAAUGU